UCAGGAGCCAAUCAGAAACCAGGGCACCAUAUUGAACCGAUGUUUUGAUCCAGGCUGCCGAUGUGGUGACAGUAACAGUGAACUUUAGGUCUAUUUUCUUUAACUGAAGAAGCCAUAACUCGAAUAAGAAGAGUUAAUAGCAACUCAACAAUGAAGCUAACGGACAUUAAGAAGUUAAAAGUGGCCGAGCUGCGGUCCAAACUUCAAGAACUCGGGCUGGACAACAAGGGGCUGAAAGCUGAGCUGGUCGGCAGGCUGUGGUCCGCCUGUGAGGCGAGACAAACCGGAGAAAACGAUGUGGAAGAGAUAAAAACACAACAUGUCCCCUCACCGACACCUUCAGAACCGACCGAGACUGUGGACGUCCGCGCUCCGUCCUCAUCACCACCGACAGAGGCUGGUGUCCCUGCGCGGUGUGAAGUAGACUGCCCCGCCAGAGAGCUGACAGACUCCGCCACACAGACAGAGACAGACGCCGGUCUGACUCCACCUCAGCCAGGCUCCGAGUUUACUUCAGGGUGUGUGUCGGUGUACCAGGAGGAGGAGGUGGUGGAGCAGGAGCAGGGAGAGGUGGAGAUGCAGCAGGGAGAUGCAGAGGAUCCGGGAGAGGACAGGAGGGCUGAGCAGGGCAGAGGAAGAGCUUUCUACGAGUUUAAAGAGGAAAUACGAUACAAAAGAGCCAAAUCACCACAGCCUCCAGUAGACAGAGAGGAGACAGGAGAGGAAGAUGAAGAUCGAGUCAGAUUACAUCCAUAUGACAGUCACCUCCACUUUGAGGUGGAUUCUGACGGGGUAUGCGGUCAGCCGCGGUUCUGGGCUCGGUUCCCCUUGCUGUGGUCAGGCUGCAGGCUCACCCAUGGGGUGUUUCAGGGCAGGGUGGGCUUUGAGGUGAGGCUGGAGAGGACCUUAUCCAAUACACAAGAUGAAAUGGAUCCUCACGGCCUGAGAGUAGGCUGGUCGAUGACUAACACCUCUCUGCUGCUGGGUGAAGAUGAACUCUCUUUUGCUUAUGACGGCCGCGGUAAAAAAGUAUCAGGCGGGACGGAGGAAGAGUUUGGAGAACCCCUCUUAGUGGGAGACAUCAUUGGGUGUUAUGCUUCUUUCUCUACCGAUGGUGCUGUUGAGCUCUCUUUCCAUAAAAACGGUCGUUUCAUGGGUGUGGCCUUUUCACUGGGUGCCUCUGGUUGCACACUAUUCCCUCACGUCCUCUGUAAGAGCUGUUCAGUCAGAUUUCACCUGGACCCCACAGCUCCUCCCUGGUACCCCGGUCCUCCAGGGUUUCUACCACUGGCAUCUCUUUCUGCUGCACAGAGGGUGCGCACCGUAUUUGCUCCGACCUCCAGAGCACAGUGUGAGAUGUUGUUGAUCGUUGGUCUUCCGGGCUCUGGGAAGAGUCACUGGGCCAGGACUCACAUGAAGCAGCAUCCAGAGAAACAGUACAGACUGUUGGGCACAGAGGAGCUGCUCACGUGUAUGAUGAGUGGUGGACAGAGGGACAGCAGGCUGCAGCAGGCCUCUCAGUGUCUCACUGAUCUGAUCAAGAUGGCUGCUCAGACUCCUGGAAACUACAUCCUCGAUCAGUGCAACAUCCUCUUCUCUGCACGCCGUCACAAGUUGCAGCUGUUCACAGGCUUCAGACGGCGGGUGGUGGUGGUUUUUCCCUCAGCGGACGAGUGGAGAAGACGACUGUCCCAGCACCAGACGAGUGACGGGGAGCACAUCCCUGAGACCGCCCUGCUCAAACUCCAAGUGAGCUGCUGUCUUCCAGAGCAGCAGUGCGACCUGCUGGAGGAGCUGCAGUACGUCGAGCUGCCUCAGGAAAAGGCACAGAAGCUCCUGCAGGAGUACAAAGACGAGGCUUGCAGGCUGCUGCCUCCUGUCCCCAAACAGGAGAAGAAGAAACCCCGACUUUACAGGAAAAGACCCCACCCUCACAGCAUUCUACCCUCAUACAGGAUGCAGUGGAAUGGACCUCAUGGGUGGAGCAACAUGCAGUCUUGGAGGCAGCAGCCAAGAUACUGGAACCCAGCUGAUCAGGACCAGGCCUGUUACUACUACAGAGACAGCAGCUAUGAUGGUUACUGGUGAAGAAAGAAACCUGGCGCAAUCGAAUCUUUGUUUACAGAGACAAUAAUUCUACUACUGUCAUGUAUUUUAAAAAGAGAGCUACAUUCAUUACCAGGUAAUUUUACAGAGAACUACAGACUACGGUCGGUGUUGCACUCACUGCUUUUGCCAAUCAAAGAUCAGUUUUGUAGUUUUUUUAAUCAUCCUACAACUGAAAAAAGUCACUUUUUAUGGUUUUUAUUCAAAUAUUUGAAUGUUUUUACUGUACAGUGUACAAACUAUGAAAUUAUACAGUAUUUUGCACAGUUUUAACACCAGUAUUGGUCCGAGACUACAUAAAGUCAAAGAUAAAUAAAUCCCUGAGCUUAA